UUGUCAUACGAUUGAUUGAUACACUUUCGUUUUAAAUCUGGAGAUCAGACCAGUUGAAAUCUAAUCAGGUAACAUGUGUGCAGGUUCUUAUAUUUAAAGAACUACUUUUUUACAUAGAUAUGCUUCAGAUGUUUUAGUUCCUUAAAAACUAUAUAAAUGACUUUAGUUUGCAGUAAUGUUUUAUUCAGCUAACAAUAUAACAGUAAUUAUAUAUGUAUUUUCACGUAUUGAUUUUGGAAUACGAUGCUAAUAAUAUAAGCAAAUUAUUUUUUGAUGUGAUCAGUUAUAAAUAGAUUUAGUAUAUUAGAUUACGGGUACGACUGUGGGAUACAGCUAGAGUAAAUUAAAGUAGGUGACAGUUUAUUUUUAGCUUAUUUACUCUAAUUUCACCCAAUCAAAUUUUUUUUUAUUAUAACUCGUUUAUUAUAAAAAGUGAGAAAACAAUAAAUAGAGUAUAUCUUAACUCAAAUUUAAUGAAAUAAACUUUUUAAAAAAUUUAUUUAUUUUCAUCCCUCUCAUUUUCACCAAAAUUUUCUACCUUUUUACUCUGAUAUCUAACCAAUCACACUGUACAAAUGUUCUGAAUCUAUAUUGUACUGAUUUUCACAUGGAAACUGAUAACUUCUUGUGUUUAUUUAUUGCUUUUAUCUGGUUUUGACCAAUUCCAGCUUACAUAAAACCAGUCUCACUAAAGUUUAUUAAAUAUUCGACACACAACGCAUGUGUGUGUUUACCAUCAUUAUUGCACGUCACAAACCGCUGCAUCUUACACUUAAAGGAGGAGUGAUGAAACCAAGCAUAUAUUCUAAUGAAAAAAAUACUACAUGGAACAAAGUAAGAUGCCUUCUGAGCGUGUUACCUUGUGAGAGAGUGGGAGUAGAAGUAAAAUUGUCUCAAUGAGUUAUUGCAGUGUAACAAAAUCUCCUAAAAGGGUCUUAACGCAAUCACUCCUAACUGUGAAACUUCACACCAUGUCAUAGAACUGCUUACUAAUGGUUGAUAAGCCGAGCUAUAUUCCCUUUAUUUGUAGCAUCAACGACUACUUUCUCACUGAUCUUGAACAGCUGCAACACAAAUCCUUUCCUUGGUUAAAAGAGAGAUAGAGAGAGGAAUACAUAAUUGUGGAGAUAAAUGGGAAAUAGUCUCAACUCAUAUAGCAUUUUUUUCCCUUCCUCUCAGGUCUGCAAAUUGUACGUCUCACCUAUUCCAGUCUGUGUUUAAGAAUCUGAAACAAAAUACCGUUUCUCAUCAUUCCCUCUCUAUAAAAAAAAAGACAAAACCCACAUUCAUAGAUAAUUCUGCUGGCAGGAAGGCCCCAUCCAUGUAUUCCAGAUUUCCAAAAGGAGACCCGAUCAAUUUCUGUCCUCUGUGGCAGUGAAACAGACAUAUUAGAUUUGAUGAUAAUAUAAAAAAAAAGAGAGCUUUAGACUGAAAUCACUUUAAAACAUCAGAGAAUGCUUUCCUGCAGUGUAUAUUUGAGAGAGAAGCUUCUUCUUCUUCUUUUGGUAAUUUGAGUGUGAGAAACCAUGUUCAUUGCUGCAAGUUUCCGUCAAAUGAAACCGUCCAACCCAGUUGCUUGUCCCUUGGAUUGAAGAGGGUGGAAACCGAGCAAGAAUUAGAUCGCAGAGAAGGAAGAAAAUAUAGGAAAAGCAACGCAGCUCUUAAGACAGGUGAGAUUCAUUUCAUGGCAUAGCAUAUAAGACAACAACCCCAGUGCUGUAAGGCUGCACCAUGGGGUCUUGCUUGAGAGCUUGUUGCAGCUUUAGUACCUCGUAUUGUUGUUCUGCCGUAAGGUUCACUACUUGCUGGAGCAAUGUUGGACUGAACAUCCUGGGAGAGAAGUGCCUAGAGAAAAGAUAAUCAAACAUGGAGCCAAUAUAAUAGAUUUAAUUAAGCUUCCAAAUUAUAUGAUCAAUCUGAAGAGAAGCACUUUGAACAAAUUGAAGAGACUAAUCCUAGACAAAACACAGACAUACAAAAUAUUGAACAUUGAUAUUACUCUAUCAAGUAUACUUCUUCCUAAUUAUCAGCAUAAUUCUAAAUUAAUUAGGUCCAUAGAUAGCAGAAGGAGAUGCUUGGUGAUUUAGGCCAUAGAUUCUUUUUGUUGUUUCUCGUAAUGCAAUAUGCCCAGAGAACUAAUGAAGAGUUUGUCUUCGCCUUAGGUGAAAGUCUAGUGAUCUCGUGCAACAAAUUCCUGUUACCAUCAAAUUCUCUGCAACACAAUAUAAAUAGGUUAAUCAUCAACUAACGCAGUGGAAUUAAAAAAAAGUCGAGGUCGUCGUAAGCUGGGGAUCCAACAGAAGGAGUAAGCCUGCCUGCAUAUAUAUAUAUCCAAAGUAAUUUAGUAUAUGACAAAAGAACUUAAGAAAUAAAACUAAAAGAUAUUACUUUUCAAAUCUGAAAUCAAGAGAUAAAAAUCGAUUGAGAGGAAAUUCCACACCUAAAAGGCGCAAAAAUUUAACGGUCUCCAACCUUCUCGUCGUAGUCUGUGGACCUUCCUCUCUCUCAAGUGAUCCAACACAUGACAGACGACCUCUCGCAUUUCUCUGACGUCGCGGCCAAAGCUGAGGAGGAGGAGGCGACGGCGGAAUCGGCAAGAGAAGAGGCAUGAAACUGGCAUCAGUUACAAUCGGCUUGGAGUUUUUGAUUUUGAGAGGAGAUCCCUUAGGUGAAACGUUUCAGCUCUAUGGAGUAGAGAUAGGUUCGAUGUAAUUAUGUUCUUCUGAGUUCCAUGCGGUAUUCAAUUUCGUUUUAUGUAGGAGAUUCCUGGUGGUAGCUUGAACGCUACAUCAAUUUAUAUUGGGUGAAAGAGGAGAAGUGGAAGAUGAAAUCGUUAGGUUUUUAUGUUGUUAUGAAGAAGAGAAUAAUGGCUGCAAUUAGUGUCUGGUCAUGCAGAUUUAAUGGAAGAAGGGGAAACGACACCGAUAAAGGUAGAUCAGAUAAUAGUUGGGCCAAUAUAGCAAAUUAAUUUAAACCCAAACAAAAUCUCACUUUUAUCAUUAUCGACAUUAACUAAACUGACGUGUCAAAAAACACUUUUCUGAUUGGUUGAUUAUUAGUGAGGACGUGGACAGCAUGAGAGGAGCUUUUAUUCAACUUUUAGUAUUGUAUAUUGAUGAUGUUAAUUAAUUAUUCUUCAAUCUUUUGCUUAAGUUUCCUUCAUUAUUAUCAUGUGUUUGCUUCGUUAUCAUCACGUAUAAAAUAUCGAAGGUGGUGUGAGCCAACAAGUUAGCGAGGAUCGUGCAAAAUCUCUUUUUUUCUUUCACUUCAGCAAUUUGUUCUGAAUAGAGAAUAGUGGAGGAGGUUGAAAUAUGAAGAGGAAAAAAUCAUCUUCUACGACAGUGGUUUGUAUAUAGUACAUACCAUAACACAUGCAUAAAAGUUUGGUAUUUGUGGGUUUAUACGUGUUUUAAUUAGAUAACUAGAUUUUGACAAAGGGCGGAUAUAUUUUUUGUUUAAAAAAAAUUAGUUUUUAUAAUUUUUUUUGUAAUCAAAUUUGUGUUAAUAAUAAUUUAGUUUGAUAGAAUAUAUACAUAAAUUUGGUAAAAAUAAUUCAAUUUUGAAUUUAUACACAAAUAUAAAAUUUAAUUUAUUUUAGCAAAUCUAUGUAUCUAUUCUAUCAAUUAAAUUAAUAUCAAACACAAAAUAAUAACAAAAAAAAACAAAUAUAAAACUAAAUUUCACAAAAAAAUUAAAACAAAAAAUAUCCGUCAAAAUAUAGUUUCUAUUAAAAAUCCACUUAAACCCGUUAAACUCCAUUUUAACAUUAUGUGUUUUGUUAAUUGAUAAAUUUAGUGUAUGUGUAAAACUUUCAGAAUUAGAACAAAUUAACGUCUCGUCCAAUAAAUUCUAACUUCUUGAACUGAUAUGUAAGUUAUGUUGUUGUAGUGUGAUAAUGAUUUUUUUGAAAUAUAUCAAAGUUAAUUAUAAUCUAAACUUAUACUGUAAUUGUUGGUGAAAAUAGUAUUUAUUUUAUUUAGUAAUAUUAAGGGUGAGAAUAAAAGUGAAAAAUAUUUUAUAUAUAUAGUACUAUUUUAUUCUCCACAUAAACAAAACUCUUGAAGCUUGAGGUUGUCUUCUCCAAUAAUUCAGUCGCUUCUGAUUUUUUUUCCGUUUGAUUUACCCAUUACACCACCAGCGAGAACCAUAAACCCAUAAUACGACAUGAAUCCAUCCGUCUAUCUUCACCUUUCUCUGACCAUACCAAGAGCUAACUUCACGCAAAGAUCAAUGUGUUUCGUAUUGUAAACAUUGAUCACAAAACAAUACAAAUGAGAGAUCACGUUUAUAUUUAGUUGGACAUAUGCUGUCAUUUAUUUUCAUAACCGUGGAUUUUAGUUAGUAUAACUGAGAACUAUGGAUCCGAAAAUAUAGGAAUUAAGGAGAAGUUACGAUAUUAUCAUAUGUGGUUAGUGUUUAAAUAUAAUUAAAUACAGUUGCAUAAAGAAAAUAAUAAGUGACUGUUUAAAUAAAUAGUUGGACUCAAUUAUUAUCAAUUGGUCAUGUUCCUAAUUUAAUAGUAUUGAUAAUAAUCAUCGGAGUGGUAAGAAAAUGAUAGAUACAGCUGUAUGAAAAAUCUUGUUUUUUUUUUGUCAAACUUUUUUAAAGGGGUGCAACACGAGGAUGAGAAAUCUUGUUACAAUCCUAAUUAUUAGGUGAAAUAUAUAUUAAAUCUAACAUAAUCAAACGCUUUCCUACCAUAGCUUAAAGCAGGAUUAUCGUGGUAGUUUAGAUGGUUUUUAAAGAAAAAUUAGUGUGUGGAUCUCACAGAACUAUUAAAAACCGGUCACGGAAAGUAUGAAAUAAAAACUGAUAUUGGAGGAGUUUUUACACUGUUCGCAGAUUCCACUGAUAUUUAGCGGCCUGCGAUUGGUUUUAAAAAAAAAAAAAUUUGAGACAAAAAUAUAAAAGUAAAAUAAAAUAAUUUUUCUAAGAAACCACCUAAACAUUUUCAGCGUUAAUGAUGGUCUUAUAAUUGAAUCAUAAAGCAUUUAUUUUGGUGUUUGUUAGUAGAAACUUGUAUAAUCUUAAAAACAAGUUUGUAAUAUUACCGAUUGACCCAAUUAUCCAUGAAUUAAAAAAGGGGUAAAUAGGUAAAACCCAAAAAAGCUAUAUAUAUACUGGAAACGAGCUAAGCAAAUGAUACGAAGAAGAAAAGAAGAUGGGGCUACAAGGUCAGCUCAGUGACGUCUCUUCCGAUUCACUCCCUCUCAUGCUCCUCUCUCUCCUCGCCGUAUUCCUCAGCCGUCUCCGCUCUUUCCUCCUCCCUCCCUGCGAUCCAGCUUCUAAUCUCCCCCUCGACGACGGCUCCAUCGUAGCCUCGGGACUCGCCAACAUAAUCGUCCUCGCCGAUCAGCUGAGCCUGAACCGGCUCUCCUCGUACCGAAGCGUCGGCGAAGGCGGUUCAGACUGCGUCGUGUGUUUGUCGGAGCUGCAUGAAGGAGAAGAGGUGAGGAAGCUGGAGUGUGGACACGUGUUCCACAAGCCGUGCUUAGAGGGAUGGCUUCACCAUCUCCAUUUCACGUGUCCUUUAUGUAGAUCGGCUUUGGUCGCCGAUGGUUGCGUUUCCCGAACGCAGCGGCGCGUUGGGAGGGAUUUGAUCUCGUGCUUCUCUCUCCAUUGAUUCAAGCGUGUGACCGGAUCGGAAGAUUUCGAUCCAACGGCGGUGAUUCACCCAUCUUUAAUUGUCCUUUAUAUAUAUGAAUUACAUAUAAAAAAAAAAGAGGUACGUAGAUAUCAGAGAACUAGGUGGCUGACCCAUGCGCGCCCUUAUUUCUGAAGAAUGAUUAAACAAUAUCUCUAGUAUUCAUGUUUUAUGUCGCAUUUUUAAGUAUUUUUGUUGUUCACCAACACGAAGCUAAAAUAGUGUCAAGUGUGUUUUCAGUACGACAUAUAAGUUAAUAGAAACAAUACCUCUCUUUCAAAUUCUAUUACAGUGGCGAACAGAUAAUAUUCUACUGGUGAAGAAGCGAAACCGCAUCACCAACUCAUAAAAGACUCAUCAUGGUCCGUCUUUCGUAAACUUGGAUGUUGUUAAGGGCUCACCUACCCGUCUUUGUCCAAGUAGAAAAGUGUGAACUCGUCCCCCAUUUUUUUUUUUAACAAGUUGGCGGCCGCUAUAAUAGAAUUUGAAAGGAGUGAAGAGAAGAGGGAUUUCUUUGUUAUUUCACUCUCAGUUUGCAAUGUUUCAGCCCCCAUUUUCGGUUUGUAUACAAAAAGUUGAGAAAGUUGAACACGUCUUGGUGAUCCAGUUGAAUCUUUCUUUUCAGAAAAAUGUGUGAACACAGUAAUAUGGGCUUUCGAAUAGAGGGAAUGGCCCAAUAACAUCAUAGUUGGCCUAUUUCUGGCUCCAAUAUAUGCCUGUCAACACCUAGAUUGAUGACUCAAAAAUCUAGAAUUUUUUUAAAAAACAAUGCAAAACUUUUUUUCUCCAAAACAGUGGUUUCAUUUUUUCACCAGAAAUUCAAGCAUUAUAAAUAGUUCAUCCCAAUUCGAAUUAAACACAUGCGGCAGAAGUUAUAGCAUCAACCCUUUUAUCACUGAGUUGGUAAUUAAAAAAAGAAGCUAAGAGGGAUUUCAAAGCUUUGAAUGCAAUUGGAAGCUUCGAAUAUGCUUUCGAAGAGAACGAACCUAUAUCUUCAGGAAAGUGUGGUUUAUAUGCUUCAAGUACUUGUAAUCUUUAAAGUUAUAGUGCUUCCACGCUAGGUUUAGGAAGCGAGUUUACGGGGUAUAGAUCUAGGGGAAGGAUAUCUGGUGUUAUGUUGGAUCAAAGAACUCUGUUUAUCCUGUAUCAAUUAAUAACCAUCUUCCACAUUUUUCUGUAUAGCAGAGUUUGAUUUUUUCAGCCAAUCGUACAAGCUCAAAACGAAGCUAAAGUGUUGUUUUAGUUAGGUUAAACAUAAUCUUAAUUUCUUAAGAUUCAACUCAUUACCCGUUUGAUGUAUAUAUUAAUGCUGCUAUACUCUUUUUAUUUGCAACGUAAGCUUUGUUAUUAAGUUAUACCAUUUCUACAAGAGGAGACUCUUCAUAACAUUAACACAACAUAAAUGUAUUCGUAGGCUGAACACACACAGACACAAAGCUCACACACAAACACCAUCAUAGUAAUAGAUAUAAGAAUUGUUUUUUUUUUCAGGUUAAGGAAAAAAUCGGACCAGUAACCUUCGAUUCCCCAGCAUCAAGCAAUGCAAUAAUCUCGCUCUCCCUAGACUUACUUCUCUAUGAAAGAGCGUAGAUUAUUGCAAAGCCCAUCUUUCUCAAUAUGUUAAUUCAUAUAUAUUACACCUUCCAUCACUUUCCUUCGACCGUCGUCCUCUUCGUCUGUGGACACCAUAGCUUAUCUCUCAAA